GCCUUCCCCCUCUGUCGCUCAGGUUCAACAGCACUGCCUCUUUUUAACCCCUGCUGCCGCCCACUCAUCGCUUUUAUUGUCAGGACAGCAAACCGGGGACUUUUAACUCUUUACUCCAUUUAACCAACUUGUGUGUGCGUGUGCUUUUCUUUGGUGCAUCGGCCAGAUGGAGGACUACCAUAAACCAGACCAGCAGACAGUGCAGGCGCUCAGGAACAUCGCCACCCGGCUCCGGAUCAACUCCAUCAAGGCGACAACUGCAGCGGGCAGCGGUCAUCCCACAUCAUGUUGCAGCGUGGCAGAGAUAAUGUCUGUCCUCUUCUUUCAUACCAUGAAGUACCGACCUGAAGACCCUCGUAACCCCAACAAUGACCGCUUCAUCCUCUCCAAGGGUCAUGCAGCUCCUGUGUUGUAUGCCUCGUGGGCAGAGACGGGCUACCUGAAGGAGAACGAGCUCUUCAACCUCCGCAAGGUCGACUCGAUCCUGGAAGGACACCCUGUGCCGAAGCAGCAGUUUGUGGAUGUGGCCACUGGAUCUCUGGGUCAGGGGCUGGGAGCUGCUUGUGGAAUGGCCUACACCGGAAAGUACUUUGACAAGGCCAGCUACCGGGUGUUCUGCUUGCUGGGUGAUGGAGAGCUAUCCGAGGGCUCAGUGUGGGAGGCCAUGGCUUUUGCCUCCUACUACCAGCUGGACAACCUGGUGGCCAUAUUGGACAUCAACCGCCUGGGUCAGAGCGACCCAGCUCCGCUGCAGCACCAUGUGGAGAAGUACCAGCGACGCUGUGAGGCCUUUGGCUGGCACGCCAUCAUUGUGGAUGGCCACAGUGUGGAGGAGUUGUGUAAGGUGCUGAGUCAGCCCCACCACCAGCCACUUGCCAUUAUCGCUAAGACCAUCAAGGGAAAAGGCAUCCCAGUGGCUGAGGAUAAGAUGGGCUGGCACGGUAAACCUCUGCCCAAAGACAUGGCUGAGAGUGUAAUAAAGGAGCUGCAGAGCCGCAUCAUCAGCUGCAAUAAGCGCCUCUAUCCUGCUCUGCCCAGUGAGGACACAUCACCUGUCAGCCUCCGCAACAUCCGCAUGCCAAGUGCACCCAGCUACAAACCUGGAGACAAGAUUGCUACAAGGAAGGCGUACGGCAUGGCUUUGGCCAAGCUUGGUCGUUACAAUGAGCAUGUGGUGGCUCUGGAUGGAGACACCAAGAACUCCACCUUCUCCGAACUCUUUAAAAACGAACACCCCAACCGCUACGUGGAGUGUUACAUCGCAGAGCAGAACAUGGUGAGUGUGGCGAUAGGUUGUGCCGUGCGGGACCGUAAUGUGGUGUUUGCCAGCACCUUUGCCACGUUCUUCACUCGGGCCUACGACCAGCUGCGCAUGGCUGCCAUCUCUGAGAGCAACAUUAACCUCUGCGGCUCCCACUGUGGAGUCUCUAUUGCACUUCUCCCCUCCUCCCUCCUACUCUCUCUGUGUGUCGUGGACAACAGAAUGGCCUGGUUCUCUUUCACCUCCUUCUCCUUCUCCUCCUUUUCCUCCUCCCCUCUCUCUUUCUCCUCCAACUCCUCAGGUGAAGAUGGGCCCUCUCAGAUGGGUCUGGAGGAUCUGGCAAUAUUCAGAGCCAUUCCCACUGCAACCAUCUUCUACCCAAGUGAUGGUGUCUCCACUGAGAAAGCCGUGGAACUCGCUGCCAACACAAAGGGUUUGUGUUUUAUCCGAACAAGUCGCCCAGAGAACAACAUCAUCUACAACUGCAAUGAAGAUUUCCAUGUUGGACAGGCUAAGGUUGUGUAUAAAACCAAUGAUGAUCAUGUGACUGUGGUUGGAGCAGGAGUGACCCUUCACGAGGCUUUGGCUGCUGCUGAACAACUGAAGAAAGAGAGAAUCAACAUCCGUGUGAUCGACCCUUUCACCAUCAAACCCCUGGACUCCAAGACCAUCAGUGACAAUGCCAGGGCAACCAGAGGACGCAUCAUCACAGUGGAGGACCACUACUAUGAAGGUGGUCUAGGUGAGGCAGUGUGCUCUGCGGUAGUGAACGAGACUGGCUUCACCGUCCACCGCCUGGCAGUUUCUCAGGUACCACGCAGCGGUAAGCCCCAGGAGCUGCUCCGAAUCUUUGGCAUUGACCGUGAUGCCAUCGCUCAGGCUGUGCGUAAGGUGCUCAGCAGCUCCGCCAACGCCAAGUAAGAACACUGCAGCAGGGGCAGCAGUGGCAACAACAUGUUAAAGGACUCCAUGGUAAACUGGUGAUUACCAUUGAGGCACCAAACAUACAAAUAAACCAACACAGAAGGAGGGAAAGCACUUCUGGCCUUCUCACGCUCUCCUCCCCAGAAAACAAUCUAAAGCAUUUGGUUGAAAAAUAAAAAAUAUACCAUCGU